AUUCAUGCAUCUCGAGCCGGUCUCGCGGUUCAUCUCCGACACAUUGCCUGUAUACGUUGUCACAUGCACACACUCCCUAUAUAUCUCUGUUACAUAGCGCUUGUAUAUAGUUGUCACUUUAGUUCGAAUUUGACUUUGAGAUAAAAAUAGAAUGGGUGGCCAUUGGUCUAGCAUGGAUCCAUCCAAGGUGGACGUACCUGAGAUUGACAAACUUUUGGAGAGGGAUCCUUACCUAAAACCCUACGAAAAUGAAUUCCGAAAAAGAUAUGCUCUGUUCAAGGACUACAUUGAAAAAAUUGAAGCCGGAGAUAAUAGUUUGGAUAAAUUCUCGAGAGCUUAUGAGUACUUUGGAAUUAUUAUCGAUGGAAGCAAUGGGGUAACGGCUCGCGAAUGGGCUCCAGGUGCUAAACAACUGUAUUUAACUGGUGAUUUUAAUAAUUGGGACCGAAAGAAAAAUCCGUAUACUAAACAAGAAUUUGGUAAAUGGGAAUUGAAACUUCCCCCGAAUGCUGAUGGAACCUGCCCCAUCAAGCACCUCUCAGAGGUAAAAAUCAUAGUGGAAGAUGGAAGUGGUCAAUUGCUGGAACGAUUGAGUCCGUGGGCGACGUACGUCACAGCCCCUCAACAUAAAAAUGAAGGUACAAAUUACAAACAACGUCUUUGGCAUCCUGAGCCCCAGAACCUCUACAAAUGGAAAAAUCCAAAGCCAAGAAAACCCAAGAGUCUUCGGAUUUACGAGUGUCAUGUGGGGAUUGCAACGAGUGAAUUAAGAGUCGGAACAUAUUUGGAGUUCGCAAAAAGCAUUAUUCCAAGGAUUGUGAAGCAGGGGUACAACUGCAUCCAGCUCAUGGCCAUUAUGGAGCACGCUUAUUAUGCUAGUUUUGGGUACCAGGUGACGUCGUUCUACGCCGCAUCCUCGAGGUAUGGCACCCCUGAGGAGCUCAAAGAGUUGAUUGACGUUGCUCACGAACAUGGACUGUUCGUUUUACUUGAUAUGGUUCAUUCUCAUGCAUGCAAAAAUACUGUCGACGGACUCAAUAUGUUCGAUAGCACCGAUGCCUGCUUUUUCCAUUCUGGAUCGAGAGGAGAACAUCCUCUUUGGGACAGUAGAUUGUUUAAUUACGGAAACUAUGACGUCUUGAAAUUUUUACUGUCGAAUUUGCGGUGGUACGUCGACGAGUAUCGCUUUGAUGGAUACAGAUUCGAUGGGGUAACUUCAAUGUUAUAUCACUCGAGAGGUUUAGGACAAGGUUUCAGCGGAAAUUAUGAAGAAUAUUUUGGGCUCAAUGUUGAUGUGGAGGGAAUUAUAUAUUUGAUGAUGGCCAAUCAUAUGUUACACCGUUUAUAUCCAGACAUUGUUACAAUUGCUGAAGAUGUUAGCGGUAUGCCAGCCAUGUGCAGACCAGUGGAUGAAGGUGGCAUUGGUUUCGAUUAUCGUUUAGCCAUGGCUAUUCCUGAUAAGUGGAUAAAACUCUUGAAAGAAUACCGAGAUGAUGAUUGGAAUAUGGGUGACAUUGUCUGGACCCUCACUAAUCGAAGAUGGAUGGAGAAAGCUGUCGCUUACGCUGAAUCACAUGAUCAGGCCCUGGUCGGUGAUAAAACCAUAGCUUUUUGGCUGAUGGAUAAGGAUAUGUACACCCACAUGAGCGUUAUCAGUGAACCGAAUCCAGUUAUAUCCCGAGGCAUUGCUCUCCACAAUUUAAUCCGACUUGUUACACAUGGACUCGGUGGUGAAGCUUAUCUCAAUUUUAUCGGCAAUGAAUUCGGCCAUCCUGAAUGGUUAGACUUCCCUCGGGCAGGCAACAACAGUAGUUACCACUACGCUAGACGCCAGUGGAACCUUGUUGACGACGAUCUUCUAAAGUACAAGUACAUGAACAAUUGGGAUCGAGCAAUGAAUCUCUUAGAGGAGAAGUAUGGCUGGUUGGCAGCGAAUCCGGGUUACGUCAGUUGGAAACAUGAGGGAGACAAGGUCAUAGUUUUCGACAGAGCUGGACUCGUCUUUGUAUUCAAUUUCCAUCCAACACAAUCAUUUCCCGAUUAUGCCAUUGGGGUUCCCAAUCCGGGGGCUUACAAAGUUGUAUUAAACAGUGAUGAUAAGGAAUUUGGAGGGGAAUGCAGGGUUGAUCCCAAUUGCAGACAUUUCUCAAAGCCAGAACCCUUUGCUGAUCGUCCACAUCGGAUAAUGGUGUAUGUGCCUUGUCGCACAGCGAUUGUUUAUGCAAUUGAAUCCUGAGGAUACUUCCCUCACUAGCCCGACUUGAACAACACCCAACAAACUGUAAAUGAUGAAAUUAUCCUAGAGUUUAUUUUCUACAAAAAAAUAAAUAUCAGUUUAGCUAAAUUCAA